UAUAAGUUCGUUACACGGGAACCCGCGCGCCGUGCCCCCGUCUCCUUUUUCCGCUCCGACUCUAGUUUUUGUGGAGAAUGGCGUAUCGUCGGAGGCGCCCGACUCCACGGGCCUCCACUUUCGAGGACUUUAGCUCCUCGUUUAACUCCCGCGGUGUCGAUUCCCCUGCUUCCACGACAACUACACUCUCCACCCAGGCAAUCCGAUCUCCCGGCGCUCACCGCGAAUCCUCCCUAUUAUCCGCCAAUGUAGACCCCUUGCGCCAGACUUCCGUCUUUUUCAAUCAGAAUCCUUUUCACCAUGAGUACUCAUCUCUCAGAUGUACUAAUGAAAAGGGUGCGAAUGAAUCCAAUUAUGGAUUUUGGGGUGUUCUUGCCAAAAAAGUUAAAUCUCUCCUUGAAGAUGAUAGUGCUUCACAACAAUUUAAUGGCCAUAGUAGAAACGAGUUUCAAAUGCUUUCCACAUCGACGGAUAGUCAGUUCAAUCAGCCUAAUUUGUCUCCUCAGAACUUCCAAAAGGCUGAAAAUCUUGCUUCUUCCCUGAAUCAAAUUGGUGGAACGAUUAAAAGUGCCUUUGAAGAGGGUUUGGCGGUCGUCGAGAAUAGGGCAGCUGACAUCAUACAGGAAACAAAGAAAAUUCAAAUUAGGAGAAAAACAGCCGGUUUUAAUUCACGAGGUCAAGUUGCUGAUUUGGCGGCUACCGCAAAUCUCUUUCAAAAUCUUUCAGACCAAGAUAAUCCAUUGAAGGCAUCUAGAAAUCAAGCAGAUGCUCUGGCUGCCAAGGCCAAACUUCUCCUGAGGGAACUAAAAACCGCCAAAGCCGACCUAGCUUUUGCCAAGCAAAGAUGUGAUCAGCUUGUAGAGGAAAACAAACUUCUGAGGGAGAACCGUGAGAAAGGAGACAAUACUGAAGAUGAUGACCUGAUACGUCUCCAACUUGAGACACUGCUUGCAGAGAAGGGAAGAUUGGCACAUGAGAACUCAAUAUACGCCCGGGAGAAUCGAUUCUUGAGAGAGAUUGUGGAGUACCAUAAUCAUACAAUGCAGGAUGUUGUGCACCUAGAUGAUGGUAUCAGCCAUAUUGCCGAUGAUAGAACUACACAGAUUUCGUCGCUGUUCUCCUCGUCUGGCUCUGCAUCUGAGGUGAUCUCACCAGCCUUAUCAAGCCCACGAACUCCGCCGGAUUCUAUGAAUUUAUUGAACAACAAUGAUGAGCCAGAUUUCUCAUCGCCUGCUGCCGCUGCUCCUCGAGAAAAUGUGAAUGAAGAAUGCUCAAAAUCACCCCCAAAGUCUGUAGCCCAAGGGGUAAGCUUUUUUCAUCCCAGCAUGAGCUGAAUUUUGAAAGGGCGAACUAAUGAGGGCCUGUUUGUGUUUGUGUAUAGUAAUAUUUCUUUAUGGAACUAUCAUAGUUUGGUAGCAUUUAAUUUCUGAUAAGAUUUUUUUUUGUGAAUAUAUAAUAAUUACACUGUUCUUGUUGGCUCUAGGCUCAGGGGACAUUAUGGCUGUUGUAUUUAUGGCCUUAUUGUAAGUAGAGGUAAUAUAGUCUUUUGGUUUUAUUUACUUAUAUGUCAUAAUGUCUCUACAUAAAAGGGACUUGGGAUUCAUGAGAUAGUAGUAGUGAGAAAUGUAGAAGUUGUAACUCCAAAUCAUUACUUUCUCCCAUCCAUGGUCUCCCUCCCCGUGGAUG